AUGUCUGCUCCGGUGAGAAGGGGCGAAGCUCGGAGGCCGAGCUCCGGCGCCGGGAUUGGAUCUAGGGUUUUGUUGCAGCGGCCCGCGAGGAGUAGAGCGAUGGACGGAGGGGUUUUGGGCUUUGGGGCGAGUGGCUUAUUGGACCAGGAAACUAUUUGGACUUUGGAGCGAUCCAACUUAUCUCUUGAUUUAUAUGAACGGAGCAAACUAGGGGAGCCCAAGAGAAGGAGUAUCGGGCCGUUUCCGUUAUGGAUUACAAUUAUUGUGAGAUCCAAGUGCCGAGUCCGUGAUUAA